UAAAUUAUCGUUGGGGUCUUUCAAGUGUUCGGAUUUGAAAUUCUAAUUUAACGCCAUUAUCCUAAUUGYAUAUGCACGCACAACUGAACAAAGUGCUGUACGGAUAGUGAUUACGUUGUUAUUUCCUCGACAAUGCCAACAGCCUGGUUCACGCGAGCAUAUGCAGCCUACAAUGGGGUUUAAAGAUGUGAACAUCGCAGAAACUUUCUGGUAUUUCCUAGUUUGGUUUCUACUGGCAGUCGUCGCUGCCUCGAACAACACAUCAUUGAACGUUACAAACAUAACCGUUUCUUCUACUCCYCCGUUGCUAAAAGAUACUUCGUCCUGUGUGUUCCCAAACUUUCUUCAAACAGACUGUACAGGUUUGGCUAAGGUCUGCGAAUGGAAUCUUGGCAAGAGAAUAGCUUUACCUCAGUGGCAUAAUCUUUCACCACCGUCUAAGUUUCGAGCACUUCAAGGGACCUCAGAAUGGACGUGGACGGUAGUUAACUCUACAAUCACAAUAAAGCAGUCUAUCAUCGCGAAAAAWUUUCAGCCACUUAGCAGAAUAACUCAUAGUGUUUUCGAAUGCAUUGCCAACAGAGGUUUAGCUAAUAACACUUUUAUUAUAUUCAAGAAGGAAAUAUUAGGGGGAAAACAGGAUACAAACAAGACGUUUUCUUGUGUUCGUUUUCUAAAAAGAAGUGAAACUGUUAUUCAAUAUGAGUUAGGAAGUUGGAGUAGGAGACUGAAAGAUGUCGCCUGUCAAGACAAUGAACUGGUGUUACAAGAGGACCUACUUAUAUCAGAUCAUUCCCAUGGUCUCGUAGACUGCCCUUUGGAAUUAGGAGGCGCUCAUGAAAUAUGGCAUAUUUAUGACGCCAAGGAACAAAGAACUUGCACUUACGCUAAGGGCUCGUUUGGCGUUUUAGAAUCGGAUUGUCUGAGCAAAGAUGGUCUUUAUAUAGACUUUGGAAAAGGUCAUAACUGUACCAAUCCUGAUAUUGGCCACCKAUUUCCUUUAGAGCUCAAUCUACGGUGCAUAAGCAAAUGGAAAGAUGGCCUUUUUACAUAUUUUGUGACAGCUCGACGCGAUCGUUGGGUUYCUGAUUAUGAAAAAACGACUUUACAAUGCGCUAGGAUCAAGAUGACCCCUGAUCUCGAGGAUGAACUCACAUUAACUAUAUUUAACGACCCAAUUUGUAAAGGGAUUAUUGAUAAUGGAGAACGAGUGGGAAGAAAUGAUGACAUGUAUUCGCUGCGUAUUAGACGAAGGAAGAGGCCUUACAACUCGAAAUAUCAUCUUAGUGGAAGGUGYGAUUUUCCGAAUGAGAUACAGGGCACAUGGAUGGAGCAAUCUGCACAUCAAGGCAGUAAAAAGAUUGUAAUAAAUGGUGGUAAUAUUAGUGUUAGUCCCUAUGGAUCUUUCGAGUGUAAAGAACGUUUUACCAUAAGUCAAGGACACCCUUCUGUUUGUGGUUUUGUACCAGAAGGCGACCGCUGGCUCGGCCAAGGACGGGUGAGGUUUUAUUACGAUGAUUAUGCGCUUCUGAGCCAAUUUGAAAAUGGCUGCAGGCCAAGAAUUACCAGACUGGGACUCACAAGUACUAUCAACAAACACGUCUUGAUAUAUCGACUCUCGCAGAGUGAGCCUUUAGUCGAGGAUGGUAGAUCUCCGGACGAUUUUUACAGGCAUGAAAUUUUGAAACGGUUUUGUGGAAUGCCUUAUUUAUAUGAGCGGGAUCCUUUUCCUCACUGGGGGAGGAAUGUUGAGAAGGUCAUUCAUAGAGAGCUACUUCCUGCUCAACCCAUGUCAAAAUGCUCUCUGGUGUUGAACAGCAGGCAUUCUCUGUUGUCUGUGGUCGCAGGUGUAGAGUCUACUUCUUGUACUGGCAAGUCAUCUUUGAUGCAUUUUGGAUGCCAAGAAGCAAGGCAAAAAAUGACUUUCCUUAACAUUUCCUAUCCCCCAAGCUGCAAAGAGAAAGAAGUAACAUUCUCCUGUAUUGGGAAGGCAUGGAAGUUUGGUAACAAUGUGUUGCUGCGUGACGCCGUCACGCAACAGAUCAACUGUUUUUGGUUCGAUAAGGAAAGUAACGCAAUAUUUAGACUUGGAUCACCUCAGUGUUCUGACGCUGACUGGGGUCGCCUGCCUGGACACGCGAAUCACUUUGACGAAAGAUUUAGCAUCAAAUACUUUGAGAAAUGUCCAUUAGYAGCGGAAUCAUCACUAAAACCCACUAAGGGGGGUAAAUCUAGGGCAACUUUUGCUGCUCUCACUCAGACUCUAUGGCUGUUACCUUCAAUUCUUCUUACGAGAUGUUAUUUUUAGCUUGUAGCUAGUAGCUAGUUUCGAAACUUCGCGYGAAACGUCUAGCAUUAUAGCCAACUGAAAAAUGUUCGAACAAAUGAGGCUCUGGAGAUUCGGAGAAGUGUGUUUGCAGAACAAGCUGAUGACCUUUGAACUUGACCUUUGACCUAUCUAGUGUUAGUGAUGUACUGGUUUUCUAAUGCUCUCGAUUUAUACUAUUGGUCAAAUGCCUAAGGUUACAUCAAUCACUAAUAUACUUAAAACACYAAGAUAUUUGUCUAGACAACUUAACUUAUAAUAGUUUUUCUCUCGUAUCUUUCCCGCGUCUUUUUCUCGUUCUUCUCGUUCUUAAUUUCUUGUUCUUCUUCUUGUAAUGUUCUGUUUCUUGCUCUAGCUUCUUCGUGUUAAAUCUUCUUGUUCUUCUUCAAAUUGUUCUUCCUCGGCUUCGUUUUUCUUCUUCUCCUUCAUCUCUCAUUCCUUAAUACAAUACAAUGAUGUUUUCCUCGGCGUAGACAUAUUUGUUCUGGUUUUAACACGUUCAAACUGAAGUAAAACGCAAAGAAAUUGCAUGCCUUUYGUGUGUACUUACUUUCAUGGCCUAAUUUUUCUUAAUUCCCUUAAAUUUUUACUCCCUUAUGUCAUCUCAUUUGUCAUUUUUUUGAACAAGAAUAAACCUAGGAGAAAGACUCAUCCAGAAGCAUCACUCUCGCGUACCACUAUAGGUGGGCGUACUGUUUACAUUUUCAAAAAUCAACUUUUGAGCCAUAAAACGAUUGAACUUAAGAAAUAUAAAGAAGUCAUAACUGUUGAUAAUAUUUAUCAAUUUGAGAUCAGUUGCUUCAUUAUUUCAGGAGAUAUAAUAAAUUAAAGUUGCUAAAUUUUGCAGUAAAUGUAGGUUGUUUGGCAACAUCUUGCCAACCAACAUAACUGGCACGCCUGAAAAGCAGUUUAACUGAGUCGUUUACCGUGGAUAAAUAAAGUUAGUUCAAUUCAAA